GGGGUCUCCCCGGCGGCCUCUGCGCCUCCUGCCCGCCUCGUUGCCUGCGCUGCCUGCCCGGCUCUGGGAGAAUGGCCACUCUGAACGUGCUGGGGACAGGGCUGGCCCUGCUGGGGGUCCUCGGGGCCCUGCAGAUCCCAACCCAGGCCCAGGCUGCGCUGCAGCCCAACUUCCAAGAGGACAAGUUCCUGGGGCGCUGGUUCACCUCGGGCCUUGCCUCCAACUCGAGCUGGUUCCUGGAGAAGAAGAAGGCGCUGUCCAUGUGCAAGUCAGUGGUGGCCCCCGCGACGGGCGGCGGCCUCAACCUCACGUCUACCUUCCUCAGGAAAGGCCAGUGUGAGACGCGGACUCUUCUGCUGCGCCCUGCGGGCCCCCCGGGCCGCUACAGCUACACCAGUCCCCACUGGGGCAGCAACCAUGAGGUGUCGGUGGUGGAGACCGACUACGAGGCCUAUGCCCUGCUCUACACCGAGAGCCUCCGUGGCCCGGGCCAGGACUUCAGCAUGGCCACGCUCUACAGCCGCACCCAGGCCCCCAAAGCUGAGGUCAAGGAGAAGUUCACCACCUUUGCCAAGGCCCAGGGCUUCACAGAGGAAGGCAUUGUGUUCCUGCCACAGACGGACAAGUGCGCGGAGGAAAGCACAUAGGUGACCCCGGCCCCCGGGACCCGGCCGUCCCGCCCUGCUCCACCUUCGCCUUCGCCGCCCCCGAGACCCCAGCGCCGGCUCCUUCACCACCGCCUCUGCCCCUCAGGCUUUGCCCCAGCCCCGAGAGUAAACGCGGGAAGCACGUCCGCAGCCUGGCCUCCGCCUGUCUGUCCUGCGGUCGUUGCCCCCGGGCCCGGCUCUGGCCAGCUGCCCGGGGACCUGACUGCCCCCCUCUUGCUUUGGGCCUGGGUCUCCCCUCCCCUCCCCUCCUGUAGAAUCUUGGAGGCUGGCUCUGCGUGACCCCCAGCCCUGGGGCGGGCCAGGGCCUGCCAGCUGUGCUCCCGGUGGGAGGAAGAGGCGGCUGUGUCGGAAGCCAGGACGGCUCAGGGGAACGGCCAGCACUCCGCUCGGGCCCCCACCUCACCACAGCCCCUCCAGCCACACUCCCUUCAGGCGCAGCUGUAGCUGAGCCGGUUCUGGCCAGGUGCCCACAGCCUGCCCCUCACCCCCCGGCCAGGAGCGGCCCAAGCCCCAGGGGAGGUUUUGAAGGCUUGGGAUUCGUGCACUCAGACUGGGCAGAGGUCAGGGUUCUGGAGACAUAGGAAGGUGGCUGGAGGGUCCGUGCCCCGCAGGCUGGGACAGACUGCCCGAGUGGGCUGGAGACAGGCCGCCCUCCCAUCUCCUGUGGCCGCCUAAGGAAGCCCCCGUGCCCCUCGCCUCUGGCCUGGUCCUCAAGGGCACAGCCCGGCCCACUAGCCAGGCCCGUGGCACCAAAGCUGGCCCAGAGCCCUGGCGUAGGGGCUCCCCUGCCCCCAGUCCCUCACCCCCUGCUACCCCUGGUUUUCCAUCCGACGAGGCCCUCCUGCUCACAAUGUCAGUGCCCACGGCAGCCUGCCCACCAGGCCCCACUCGGGCA